UAUUUGUUUUAUGAUUACGUAAGUUCAAUAUUCACUGAACUUGUGAAUCUCACACUGAUACGAGGCUUCUAUCUGCCUGGAAAAUUGGCGUCGGGGGAUCGAUCGAACCAGACUGUCUGAAUCCCACCUUUGAUCGAAUCGAAGAACGAGUCCUGUUUCGCCUUCCCCAUGGAAUUCUCCAGAAUCGUCGCUCUCAGAUAGAUCUGGUACGAAGACCUAGGCAGAUUACCAAAAUCUUCGGCAUUUGAUUUGAGAGUAGAGUUGCCUCCGAUUUCAGUUUGCAUCCGUCUCCUUCUCUCGCUCGAUCGUCCUUUUUCUGGCCAAAAAUGGAGAUUUCUGGACCUGUUACACCUGGACAGGUCUCGGUUUUGCUGGGAUUUCUGCCGGUCUUAUUAGCUUGGUUAUACUCCGAGUAUCUGCAUUAUGGCAAGAAUUCUGCCUCCGCCAAAGCUAGGCUGUCCGAUGUCAAUUUAGUGGAAAUAUCAAAGGAUCUGGUGAAAACUGAUGAUGAUAAAGCUCUGUUACUGGAAGGAGGAAGUCUUCAGUCAGGUUCUCCUAGAGCCAGGGCCUCGCCCAUUCCUUCUCCUAUCCUCAGGUUCUUCCUUUUGGAUGAGUCCUUCUUAGUUGAGAACCGGCUUACUCUUAGAGCAUUAGUGGAAUUCAUGGUGCUUUUGGCGUACUAUUACAUAUGUGACCGCACAGAUGUUUUCAACUCCUCCAAGAAGAGCUACAACCGGGAUCUCUUUCUGUUCCUGUACUUCCUUCUCAUCAUAGCUUCCGCAUUAACUUCUUUCAAGAUACAUAAUGAUAAAUCGGCUUUCUCUGGGAAGUCCAUCAUGUACUUGAAUAGGCAUCAAACAGAGGAAUGGAAAGGCUGGAUGCAGGUCUUGUUUUUGAUGUACCACUACUUUGCUGCUUCAGAAAUCUAUAAUGCAAUCCGUAUUUUUAUUGCCGCCUAUGUGUGGAUGACUGGAUUUGGAAACUUUUCUUACUACUACAUCCGCAAAGACUUUAGUCUUGCAAGGUUUGCACAGAUGAUGUGGCGGCUAAAUUUUUUGGUCAUUUUCUGCUGCAUUAUCCUCAACAACAGUUACAUGUUAUACUACAUAUGUCCAAUGCACACCCUGUUCACUCUAAUGGUCUAUGGAGCACUUGGUAUUCUGAACAAGUUCAAUGAGUUUGGUUCAGUCAUCGCUGCCAAAAUCGUUGCUUGCUUCCUAGUGGUUAUCCUCAUAUGGGAAGUUCCUGGGGUUUUUGAAUGGGUUUGGAGUCCAUUUACUUUCUUCAUGGGUUACACUGACCCAGCAAAACCACAGUUGCCUCUCUUGCAUGAGUGGCAUUUCCGUUCAGGCCUCGAUCGGUACAUAUGGAUUAUCGGGAUGAUAUAUGCAUAUUACCAUCCAACUGUUGAAAGAUGGAUGGAAAAGUUGGAGGAAGCUGAAGUGAAGUCCAGGGUAGCAAUCAAAACAACUGUGGCGCUGAUAGCAUUAACGGUGGGAUUUUUCUGGUACGAGUAUAUAUACAAACUGGACAAGCUCACUUACAACAAAUACCAUCCUUACACCUCAUGGAUUCCGAUAACAGUUUAUAUAUGCCUCCGAAACAUCACCCAGUCUUUCCGCAGCUACAGUUUGACCCUUCUCGCGUGGCUUGGGAAGAUAACACUGGAGACAUAUAUCUCCCAGUUUCAUAUAUGGCUGAGAACGGGAGUUCCUGAUGGUCAACCCAAGUUGUUGCUUUCUCUCAUCCCCGAGUACCCGCUGCUGAACUUCAUGCUCACUUCUUCGGUUUACAUCGCGAUUUCCUACAGGCUAUUUGAGCUGACAAACACUCUGAAAGUGGCGUUUGUGCCGGCAAAGGACAACAAAAGGCUGAUGCACAACUUCGUCUCAGCAGCUAUAAUCUCCACUUGUUUGUACUUCUUGUCGUUUGUUCUGCUCAGAGUCCCCCAGAUGCUGUUCUAAAUGUGUCUGAAUCUGGAACGCAUCCACGCAAAGUGAAGGAAGGGAGCCCCCCCCCAAAAAAAA